CCUUCUGAAGUUAACAGAAAAAUGAAGCUACUGCAUCAUUUUCUGAUUAGUGUAUGUUUCUGUCUGCUGUUUUUGGUAGUGACUGAUGCAAGAACACAUCCAGGAGAUAUAGAGGUAUUGAAAGAUCUGAAGAGAUUAAUCGACUCGAAAUCGAUAACACCAGGAUCAUGUCUUAGUUCCUGGGAUUUUUCUGUUGAUCCCUGUGAUCAUGUAUUCAGUGCAUAUUUCACCUGUGGUAUCAGGUGUGACUUCAGUCUUGCAGGACUAAGUCGAGUCACCGAGGUUGCCCUUGAUGGGGCGGGUUACUCGGGUUUAAUCACUAACAUUACAUGGUUACUUCCAUAUCUCAACACACUAGACCUCUCAGGCAACUUCCUGUCAGGCUCACUGCCUGAAUCCCUUUCCAACCUGAUUCAUCUUCGACGACUUAGUCUUUCUAAGAACGCGUUUUCUAACUCCAUUCCAACCUCACUUGGCUCAUUACCUUACCUAGAAGAGAUCUAUCUAGAUCAAAAUCAACUCAGCGGAUUAAUUCCGCCGAGUUUAAACAAACUAAGUCACCUUACAGACUUAGCAGUACAGCAUAAUCAGCUUUCUGGUGAAUUCCCAUUUUUAGGCUCUUUGAAAAAUUUGUACAACUUUGAUGCAAGUGAUAACAACAUUUCUUCUUUUGGUACUACUAAUCCACUUUCUCUUCCUAUUUCCCUCAUUUCCUUUUCAAUGAGGAACAACAGUUUAAGAGGAGAAAUGCCUAGAAAUUUCUUCCACAUGCAAGAACUCGAAGUCUUAGAUCUUAGCUACAAUGAGCUAAGUGGUGCAAUUACAGGGGAAGUUUUUGAUCUCCCAUCACUUCAGCAACUUAAUCUGUCUCAUAAUCAGUUCUCAGCCGUCAAUUCGCCAAAUGGUAAAGGGAAAAAAAGAGGGAAUGUGUUGGCUGUUGAUCUUAGCUACAAUAAGAUUAGUGGGUUGUUGCCAAAAUUUUUAGCUGAGUUACCAAAUUUAUCAGCAUUGUCAUUGGAGCAUAACAUGUUUACUGGGAUGAUACCCCCAGUGUAUGCCCUCAGGGUUGCAACGGUGUCGUUUCAACGUCUUUUGCUCGGUGGGAACUACUUAUUCGGGCCGAUACCAGACCCGUUAAAGCGGGUGGAGCCCGGUUCGGUGACAGUGAGUUUGGUUGAUAAUUGCUUGUAUACUUGCCCUGUUACUUUGUUCUUUUGUCAAGGUGGUGAGCAGAAAACACUGAUUCAGUGCAAAAGUUUAAGGCAUAGGAUUCCUUAGGAGUUUGGUUUGGUAAAUCAUUUGGCAUAGUUGAGAUGUGCAUAAUAUAUGCAUGAUCUAAGUAAUCCUUUUAAAAGAAAAUUGAGCAAGGAUUUAUGAAAAUGGAUAAACAAAAAAAAACUAAUUAGAAGCAAAAAAAAAAAUGCAUAUUAUAUUAUGCAAGUUAGGUUCUUGAUACAUUUGCUCCCUAUA